AUGUCAGAGUAUGAAGCUUGCAUUUUGGAUUUGAGGUUAGCUACUAACAUGGGCAUCCAAGAACUGUUAGUGUUAGGAGACUCAGACUUGCUAGUUCAUCAAAUUCAAGGAGAAUGGGAAACUCGUGACCCAAAGCUCAUACCAUAUCAACAUUGUUUACAAGAUCUCUGUCAACGAUUCGUGUCGAUAAGGUUUAGACACAUUCCUAGAGUUCACAAUGAGAUUGUAGAUGCAUUGGCCACUUUAUCUUCGAUGCUCCAACAUCCUGAUGACGCUCAUAUCGAUCCUUUAUAUAUACAAAUUCGUGGUCAACAUGCUUAUUGCAACAUGGUUGAGGAGGAAUUUGAUGGUAAACCUUGGUUCCAUGAUAUUAAAACAUAUCUUCAGUCUGAAGAAUGUCCGUCGGAUGCAACUAGUAAUCAAAAAAGAACUAUUCGGCGACUAGCUAGCGGGUUUUUCUUAAGCGGAGGCAUAUUGUACAAGAAAACACCUGAUUUGGGUCUUCUAAGAUGUGUAAAUGCUAAAAAGGCUUCAACAAUCAUGAUUGAAGUACACUCGAGAGUUUGUGGACCUCACAUGAAUGGAUAUGUUCUAGCCAAGAAAAUACUUCUAGCAGGUUAUUAUUGGCUCACCAUGGAGCGGGAUUCCAUCCAAUUUGUAAUUAUUACCGAUAAUGCUGCAAAUCUCAACAGUCGUUUAAUGCAAGAGGUAUGCCAUCAAUUUAAGAUUGAGCAUCGAAAUUCGACUCCGUAUCACCCAAAAGCAAAUGGGGUUGUAGAAGUUGCUAACAAAAAUAUAAAAAAGAUACUUCGUAAAAUGGUGCAAGGUUCUCGACAAUGGCAUGAAAAGUUGCCUUUUGCUUUGUUGGGUUAUCGCACUACAGUUCAGGCUAAAAUUGAUGAUGAUGAGUGGAUCAGAACACGGUUGGAGCAAUUGAGUUUGAUUGAUGAGAAGCGAUUGACAUCAGUAUGCCAUGGACAAUUGUACCAGAAAAGAAUGGCAUGA